CUGUUGAGUUCUUUUUUUUUCUUACGCGAUUGAACGGGGAAAUAGACAAGAAACAAAAUUUUGGAUCGGGACAAUUUUUCCAUACGUGUGGCAACCAAUUUGCAGUGGAUCUAAUCGCCGUGCGUGAAAUCCGGAAAAUUCAUUGCUACAAUUGCUGGGCAUCCGUACAUCGGUUUUCCAAUCCAGCUACGGGUUUGCCAAAUCAUUACCAACUCCUUCCCGGACGGUGCCCCUUUGCAGCAGAUAUCGCCAAGGUUCGCUUUGCUACAACACUGUAAAAUGGUGUCGACUCGUCAGAUGACUGGUGCUACGUCCGAAGAAGCAAAUCUAAACGUUUGCCGUGCCGUACCAACUUCGUCAUCUACGUCUUCUUACACAUCCUCGAACGUUGUAUCCAUUUCGUCAUCUAUCAGCACUAAAACAGCGACUGGAUUACAUUCUGCAUCAUCGCCCGGUGGAUCGCUACCAGCGUUAUCUGGAAAUGUUUCAAGUAAUUUUGUAUUAAGAACGGAUGACAUCUCUUUGGGAAUGGUGAUGAGUGAUCAGCAGGAACAUCUGCAUCAAGAAAUAAACCUUAUGGAUCUGCCAACUGAGCUAUUGGGGCACAUAUUUUCCUAUGUAGGCUAUAAAAAAAUUGCCCAUAUGAGGGUGAUAUCUCGUCAAAUGAAUAAAGUGUGCUCUUCUAUACUAAACUCAACUUUUCAAAAACUACAAAAUCAGAUGCACUCAAGGUUUCAAACUGUAAAAGCUAAAAUGCCCCGCAGAGAAUCUGCCCGCCGGAAUCAUCCUUUAGCUUGUGAAUGUGAUAUCCUAGAGACGUGUUACAUGCGCCUAUCAUUAUUACAGAUGACAUUUGGCAAACAUAUCGAAAGGAAACACUGCUGUUUUUUUCCAGGAGGGAUCCUGGAUGAGGUAUAUUCAGUGUUAAACUAUAUCCGCACGUCACCGUCCUUGGAUCGACCCUUCAAAGUGACCGACGAGUUAUUUGAUCUGUCUACAAUGGCUAUGGAAUAUUUCAAGGAACAUAUAGAACCUAAUUUACCUGAUAUUGCGUAUUUUACUAACAGUACAAAGUCAUUUGCGGCCCUGGAAACAUCAUCGUCUAUCCUUUCCCGCGAUACAUCACAUUCUUCUUCUUCGUCUCCCCCUCAAAGCAAUAUGGUGCUGCGUAAGGGCAUACGUAAAAUAAAGCAAGGCAUGAAACGGUACAAUAAUCAACUAACUGUUUUACGUAGUGAAUUGCGAACAUUUAAACGGAAGGCGACCGAGCAGGCCAAAACAAUAACGGAACAACAAAAGCUUUUGGCAGAGCAACAAAAACAGACACUUGAAUUUGCUAAUCGCCUUGAUGAAACGGAUAAAAAGAAUGAUGAACUAUCUAGAAAAUUUUCUACUGUUCUACAGGAAUUGAAUAAAUGUAAAACAGAACUACAAUAUUGGCGUUCUAAAAGUCCAGCAACAACGAUCUGCAGUCCAUACGGUCAAAUUGUGUCUUCGUAUGAUCUGGGACAGAAUCUGGGAAAUCAAAGUACGGUACCGUAUGACAUUGAAUUGUUAUCCAUGGGAAUUACUCGUAACGCAAAUACAGAGGAAACUAGGAAAAAGGACGAUUCCGGACACAGCAAGGAAAAAGUAGAACACAAUUUGCAAUUGGUUAAAUUAGCCGGAGAUUCUUCGGUGCUAAUAGAAUCUGCCGAUUCUCCUCCUGCAAUCUUGACAAAGCCAGUGCUGAAGAGAAAAUUAGAAUGCAUAACUGUGGGGACAGAUAGCAGCAAUAGUGAUGGUGCUUGCGGUAAUGAACCAGUCCAACUAGACGGACUAGCUUGUCUUAAUCCUCCGUUUGCAUCCGCAUCACUUACAGCGUCAUAUUCAUCAUCAUCGUUGCCAUCAGCAAUGCAUGCAUUGGUAACGCCAUCUCAAUCAACUGAUGGAAAUUUGCUUAUAUCGACUACAAACCAACUUAAGGACAAAAGCGGAAUUAGUACUACUGAAAAGUCCGGCAAUGUUGGAUUAUUGUAUAGUAGUGCAGAGGGAGUGGAUCAGAUGAGUGAAAUGCAAAGUUGUUCUAGCACAAACCAUGACGUUGGUUCUAAUGGAACAAGCUUACCCAUCGCCUCUGAAAAUCCGUUUUUUAGUAACACAAAAGCCAUUCACCAAUCUAAUAAUAAUGAAACUUUGAUUCAGAAUAGUGAUAGCAAAAACAAUAGCAGUAGCUUUAGUAGUAACGUUGAUAGCAAAAAUGAUAGCUCUAGUAACGAUAGUAACACAAAUUAUCAUAUGAAAAAAAUACGAAGAGUACAAAACAAAGCUAGAUCACAAAGUUAUAAUAAACAUACCAAUCAUAGCGCUACAAUAAACACGCAUACGAAAACAACUAGAAGCAAACAGUUGGACAAACAAACCGGAAAUUAGUGAUGAUGUGUGGUUUUGUAAUGUGAGAUAGGAGAACAAUUUUUCAACUAGCCUCCUAUCGUAAUAUAUUGUAGAAUUGUCACUACACUCAAUUAGCCUAUUGAAGUGAGUAACUUUUGAUGUUUUCGAGAGUUAUGUAAAGACAACACAAUUAUAAACAAUAGGGUAUGAUAAUAGAUUCACCGCAACAAGUUUUUUUUUCUUUUCUCAUCAAUUCAAUACGAGGCUUACUGAAUCAGACGAGAUAGUGGGGACCGUUAUUAUAUAUUGGAAGUAUUUCUUCAUUGGCUUCUUUUAUGGCAUGAUAGUUCAUACUUUUUUUAUUUUAAAUGAAAGUGGUAUUUCUUCAAGGAGAUGUUUUGUUUUGUUUUCUGUAACGCAAUCGGUUUAACAUCAAAUCAUACAAUCAGCAGCGAUAAGUUGUGGUUUUGUACUUUAAAUUAUAGUAUCAACACAUCUAUUUUUUUUGUUGGCUGUGUAAGUCCCAACUUCAAGUUAGCAUAAUUUCAAAUACGUAAGCAUAAUUUUGAAAUCGCACUGUUCCAUUGAUUAUUUGAUUUUUUAUUUGAUUUGAAAAUUGGUGUAAUUGUAAAUGUUACAAUUUACAUUUCGAAAGAAUUAUCAAUUAUUUUGAGCAACUAUAGCAUUGAUUAACGUUUCUCUAAAAUUGAUUUAGAUCGCAAAAAAAUAUUUUAACAUGCAGAAGCACAAAAUUAUGUAUUGUACAAACAAUCCCCAACAUUCGUGACUGCUUGACACACAUUUUAUAAUGGUUCUACUAUUUGAAUUAUUUACAGUAUCAAUAAACAUAUUCCAAACUGUUUGUUAGCACCAAUAAAUGUAACAAACAGCGUAACUCAAGUCUUAUUAUGUUUCAUAAUCUUAAUUACUAUUUUCAGAUAUUUUACAUCUCAUUUGUGCCUUUUCAUUGUUUUUUUUUUAAAUAUUCAUGCAAAUCUUGGUUUUAAUUCAUUAAAUUUUCGAUUAAUUUCAUUGAUCGCCUAGUAAUUAUUAUUAAUAAUAAUUAUUCCUUUUUAUGAAAUUCUGAAAAAAAACAUCGUGACUAUCAUCUAGAUUUCAGUUCAGUUCCAUCUUAUCUUUGUCGCAAACUCCACUAAGACAAUGAAUGUUGAAAUAGAAUUUUCAAAAAUUAACUCCCAGUGUGUCGAUCGUGCGUUGAAAUUAAUAUAUUGAUUUCUGCAAAUAUGAAUAUUCCCAGUUUAUAUUUUGGGAAAUUGUGGGACAUCGUGAGAAAAACCCACCGAAAAUAUUUAAUAUUUUGUAUUUGUAUCAGUUUCUACCGUAACGUUCGAAUAAACUUUUUUUUAUUACCAAGCACAUUAUUUUUGAUAGUUUGUAACCGGCAAACAUAGCGCGAUAUGAUUAUUUAUGUGUGAUAAACAUGAACGUGGUCUUUACUCCGCUACAAGUGGCACAAUUGGUCAAUUUGAAAGUGAAAAACGAUUGCGCAAACAAAAUUAGUCAAUAACGAAAUAAUAUUUGUGAAUUGAUUUAUUUCAACCCAAGAAUGGUAUAAUCCGUUCAUUCAUAGUCGCAUUGUAUGCGUUUAGCAACCCACUGAUUGUAAAACAGUAUGUAAAUGUGAGAAAUAAAAUAAAAAUAAAAACAUGUUUUCAACAAUA